AUGGUGGUGGAGGGCGACCUGGAACGAAAGGAUGUCGGCGCCGGAGUCGGGCUCAACACGGACGAGGCCAAAGCAGCAGGGGCCGCGGGUGGGUUGACGUGGAUGGGUGCUGGAGGAGCAUGGGCGUCGGGAGGCGCCGGAGGUGGAGCAUGGGCGUCGGGAGGCGCAGGAGGUGGAGCAUGGGGGUCAGGGGCAGCUGGAGGAGGAUUUUGCCCAACAGGGCAGUCAUGCCAGGAAGGAUGUGUGGAAUCUGGUGCCAGCGUGUGUUUUGAGCCAGAUCCGACCACGGCUUCCACCGCACAUCAAUGGCAAUAUGUGGGAGAAGGACACGGCUCCUAUAACCCGGUGACCAAAGUGCACUACGUUGGGGCGGGCCUGGGUGCCUAUGAAAAGGGCGAGGCAGUGUCGCACGGCGGAUAUCGAUGCCGGACGUGUUGCGUCGCGAUCAUCGGCGUGGUCCUUUUCAUUGCCAUCUUCUUGAUUGUGCGUCCUUUCUUUUACGACGAGGAACAUGCCGUCCCGUUCAUGGAUGCUCCUCACGACUGCUCCCUUGACGUGAAGACCUGGCAGACCUCGUGGGAUGAGUCGAAAAAGGCUUACUGCUGCAUCGAGGUGUACGUCGGCUGCAAGAUGGAUUAUGAUGAAACCACGACGGAGCCGGCAGUCCACACCAUACAGCAGAUCCACUACGUGACGCGGAUCCACAGGGUACCUCAGAAAGUCUACGUCCGGGAGCCUUAUCAAGUUCAGAAAGUGGUGAAACACGUGGUCAUGAAGCCGCAGAAGACCGAGUAUGAUUGUGAUCGUGGUUUCGACGAUUGGCACAACAAGUGGUCGCUCCGUCAUCAGCGAUACUGCUGCUACUUGCGCAGAAGGGGCUGCGCAGUCAAAGUGGUGAAUCAUGACAAGUACAUCACCGUGACACACAUGAAGCUGGUGCCGGAGUAUAUUCAUAUGAAGCCAUCAAAAGAACAUGACGUCGUUGUCCCCAAGUAUGUGCCGCACCCUGUGCCUUCCAAACCGAUCAAGAUCGAGGUUGCCGGUCCACCUCGCUACCACUACCGCGACGUGAAAAAGUACAAUUACAUUCAAGUCCCUACCCCGGGCAAGCCGCACAUCGUAGUAAAGAAGGUCCCAGUACGCGUGCCAGCAGCCCCGAAGAUUAUCCAUGAGCAGACGGUAGAGGUCGUGCACCAGCGACACUUCAACUGCGCAGCUGGCCUCUCGAACUGGUUCUUCGGAUGGUCACAGGACAAGAAAGAUUGGUGCUGCAGCCACGAGAGCCAAGGAUGUCCGGGCACUUGGCACGGCCAUAUGCACUUGGUCACAAAAGUUACCGGUCACGUGGGCCAUGCACACGAGCACUUGUACGAUUGCAAUGCCGGGUUCUCUGACUGGAUGCAAGGAUGGUCGGACUCCAAGAAGGAAUGGUGCUGCGAACAUCAGAACCGUGGUUGCGCCCCUCACCAUUGCGACGGGGAAGCUUCGGACUGGACUCAGGCCAAACGUGACUGGUGCUGCGAUCACUUCCAGACGGGCUGCCCAGAGACCACAAUGUCCCCCUACAAAUGCGAUGCCCCUUGCACCCACAAGGGCGAAACCGCCACCUGUGCGGACCGCUUGAGCUGGGCCGAACACCAUUUGUUCUCAGGAAGGGGAAAUGCCUGUGCUCUGGCUUACAGUCAGGUUCAAGUGGAUUGCGAUGUGUGCAGGGCUUGUACAAUUGGAGAAGCCGGCUGCACCGUCCAUGUGGACACGUCGCCUGCCUUCGACUGCAAUGCAGCACUGAACAACUUUUUCCGGGCGUGGUCCCCAGCAAAGAAGCAUUGGUGCUGUACAGAGCAAGGCAAAGGUUGCGAAGGCACCUCUCCCCCUCAUGUUGACCCCGGCUUUGGCAUGGUCUGGAAGCGCAACCAAGUGAAUGGCUAUUGGACGUGGAUUGCCGUCCGUGGCGGUGCUAAAGUUCAGAGCCUCCCCUACGACUGCCACGCCGGCCUCACCAACUCCAAGUUCGGUUGGUCCGGGGGAAAGAAAGCUUGGUGCUGCGCAAACCAGCACCUUGGUUGUGGUGGAGGUAUUGGAGGUGCAGGUGGCGCCACAUAUGUCACACACCACACAGUGACUUAUGUCACGCAUGGCGGUGGUGCAGGUGGGGCUGCCGGGGCUGCUGGGGCCGCUGGGGCCGCUGGUUCCGCUGGUGCCGCAGGUGCUGGAGGCCACCCCCCCGGUGUAGCGGCGGCAGGGAUGGUUUGGCACUGGAGCCAUGCCGGAGGUGAGUGGCAUUGGGUCCAGCAGCACUUGGUCGGCAGUCCCGAGUUCGACUGCAACGCAGGCUUUGACAAGUGGAAGGUCGGCUGGUCGAUGCCCAAGAAGAGCUGGUGUUGCCACAACAUCGGCAAAGGAUGCCUAUGA